AUGGCCUUGGUGAAGUGGGAAGUGAUACAAGCUCCUAAAAGGUUAGGUGGAUUGGGAGUUGGAGACGCUGUAGUAUGCAACACAGCCCUUCUGUUUAAGUGGUGGUGGCAGUUCUCUAAGGAAGAGUGUCCUUUGUGGAAGAAGGUGGUUUACUCGUGUAAUAACUUGAAUCCAAACGACCUUCUAUCCUCGCAGAGCUUACCUAUUCGGGGGGUGUUGCAGGUAGAUAUGGCUCCAGAGGAUAUAUCAAGUUACAGCUUUACUAGGUCUAUCUGGAAAGGGCUUGUCCCCCCUAGAGUGGAGUUAUUUGUUUGGUUUGGUUUGACUGGCAGGGUCAAUACGAAGGAGAGACUGUGUCGAUUCGGGGCUAUUAACCAAGAAGAUUCUCUCUGUGUCUUGUGUAAAAUGGGUGAUGAGAAUGUUCACCACUUGUUUCUUGGCUGUAAUUUUUCUUGGCAAGUUUGGGGUGCUUGGAUAUCUCAUGUUGGUUUGCAUUGGAUAUACCCGGGUACAGUAAAGGAGCAUUUCCAGAGCUGGACUGAGUUCUCAAGCAACAAGGAGGAGCGCAAGAGAUGGAUGGUAUGCUUUUGUGCCAUUAUGUGGAACAUUUGGUUGGAACGUAACCGGAGAAUUUUUCAGAAUAAAGAAAAAGGAGCACAGGAGGUUAUAAGCUUAGCUGUUCAGAGUUACACUGAGUGGUUAGGUGCUGACCCAUUUAGUUGUUGA